ACUCCACGCUCCCCCUCUCACUUCGGGUCGCCGUCUCUGGCAAAGCUACACCCCAACCGCUCCAACGCUACCACUAGCUCUAUCAACGGCACAAACGCACUUCUGGCGGCUGAUGUUGACGACACCUUCAGCCGAUGCAUUCUGGAUGGCAUGGACGCUUACGUAAACAUGGUCACAAACACACUCACCCCACUGAUAGAUGCGGAGUUCUCGGUGUUUAUUGGUACGUUUACUGUAGAGACGCUUACGUAA